CUUUCACACAAACACUCGCAGGCUGACACCUGUUCAGAGAGAGAGAGACGAAGCAGCCCAGCUCAGGAGAAUAUGAUCCUACACAUGUACAUAUGUGUCUCAACAUUUCACAUCAGGAAUGCUGACAGACCGAAACAGAGACACACACACACACACACACUCUCUCUCUUCAGUCUUUUCCUUUCUGCUCCUGAAACACCGAACACACACUCGCUCAGCAGGUGCAGAUGUCUCAUAACAGACCUCGUGGAUCCAGAUCAGAUCCUCAGGAUCAGACGAUGGAGUAUCUCACACAGCAGGUCCUGUUCCUGAAGGAGAAAGCCAUGCUGCAGGCGUCUGUGAGGGAAGAGAAGAAACUGCUGGUUGAAAAUGCCAAAAUAAAGAAAGACAUCGAUGAUCUGAAGAAGCUAUUGCAUGAAACACAGAAGAGGAAAGCAGGAAAGCUGCAUCAGGAGAGAGUUCUGGCGGCAGCGAUCGCAUCUAAAACCGCUCUGCUGGGGGAAAGGGCCCCUCUGCCACAAACGGCCCCAGACACGGGGUCAGAGACGAGCGCCACACACACCCGACAUGACGGGAGACGCAGGAGAGAGAGGAGAGGUUUGGAUGCUGCGUGUCUGAACGGUUCUGAUUCUGCGUGCGCUCUGAUGCGAGAGCAAAGACCCGACGUGUCCCGUCUGGACCUGCGGGUCGGCCGGAUCCUGGACGUCCGGAAACAUCCAGAUUCAGCAUCACUGCACAUCCAGGAGGUGGAGUUAGGAGACCCCGCCCCCAGAACCGUGGUCAGCGGACUAACCAAUCACAUGCCUCCAGAACAGCUGGUGGGGUGUCUGGUGGUGUUGUUGUGUAACGUGAAGCCAGUCAAGGUCCGAGGCGUUCAAUCGCAAGCCCGCCUCCUCUGCGCUGUCAAUCAAGAGAGAAUGGAACCCUUAACUCCGCCCACUGCCGCUCAGCCCGGCGACAGAGUCACUUUUCAGAGUUACCCCGGUGAACCCGAGAAAGAGCUGAAUCCCAAACAGCGGAUCUGGGAGCGUUUACAGCCCGACCUGUGCACAGAUGCGAAGGGCGUGGCCACAUAUAAGGGUGUGGCCUUUGAGGUCCGUGGGAAGGGCCUCUGUCGGGCCCCGAGUGUCAGCAACGGCGGGAUCAAAUAACAGACAAGCUUCAUUUAUGUGUGACAUCAAAAUCUCACAAAUAAAUUAUUAAAAACUACCAAAGGCCUCGAUGCUCUGCAUAAACAAAGCACCAAAAAUCCAAACGGGAAUAUUAGUCAGAAAGAGCUGAGACUCAAGAUUCAGACAUACUGCAGAAACCAAAGCAUUUCAAGACUUGACCACAUAAUAAUAGAGUUGAAGCAGGUUUGAGCAGCUUGUUGCACCCCCUACUGACCAA